AUGGAAACACACAAGGUGGAAACGCCCAAGGUGGAGGAUUUAGUAAUACCCUGGGUGGAAACACUCAAGGCGACGGAUUUGGAAGUACCCAGGGAGGAAGCAAAUCAAGGUGGCAGAUUUUGUAAUACCCAAAGUGGAAACAAUCAAGGCGGUGGAUUUGGUAAUAUCCAGGGUGGAAACACUCAAGAAGGUGGAUUUGGUAAUACCCAGGGUGGAAACACUCAAGGCAGCGGAUUUGGUAAUACCCAGGGAGGAAACACUCAAGGCGGCGGAUUUGGAAAUACCCAAAGAGAAAACACUCAAGGUGGUGGUAGUGGUAAUACUCAGGGUGGAAAUACUCAAGGUUGA